AUGGCACUCUUAACGCCCAACACCACCGGGUCGUUUUUACUUAUAGCUUGCAUUUUCCUAAUCGUUCUUCCUGCCCCGGUAGCAGCUUUUGGUGCUGGUAACAUUCCCAGCAUAGCCAACAUCGAGGGCAAGAAUUUUCGUCAUGGAGAUAUUGAAGAUAUGCUCAAAACUGUUGCUUUCAUUAAAGGUCACAAAUGGACAAGCAUGAUGAUUAAGAGGGUUUACUUUGGUAAUUGGUUACGAGAUUACUCUCAAGCAGUUGAUGUAGGAAGUUUGAAAGGAGUAUCAGCCCCUACUAUUCGUAUUUUGGUUUGGGUUUUGAGUUUCUUGUCUUUUGGUUAUGCCACUGCAGAAUUUGAGGUCACAGACGAACGUCUUGGCGUUUAUAGACCAGAAGAACAUAUCGACAACCCCAAAGGUUAUGCCGACAAUCAGGAUGCAAGAACGUUUGAUCCUAGACUUCGUGGUCCUAUUAACCCAAUGGAACUUGAGAUCGACCCAAAUUCAGGCAUGAAGAAUUAUAUUGCUAACGAAAGUGGAGGUUGGGCUACUAGUGCUGGUUAUGUCAAAUUCAGCUUCGCAAGAAGUAUUCAUUUUGGAAGACUUUAUACCAGUGGUUCUCAUGGUAAAGGUAAAGAAGAAGAUCUCUGUGAAGCCCUCCGAUGUCUUGGACAAGCUCUACACUGUAUGGAAGAUUUUGGAGCUCAUACAAAUUAUUGUGAGCUAGCUUUGAGAGAAUUAGGACACCGUGAUGUAUUUCCUCAUUGUGGCACCAAUGCCGAGAUCAAUAUUCGUGGCCACCAUGUUUAUCCUUUAGUCACAGGUACAUUCGGCGCUGUUGAUUUCUUGCACUCCGUUCUUGGUGAAGCAACAGAUCAUUUCACCCAAACCGAAGUUGAAGAAAUGGAUCUUGCUUUAGGCGGAGCGCAAAAGGCGCAACAAAGUGGCGGUGGUGAUGGCCAACGUGGGUUGUUUGGAUCUGGAAGUAGUGGAAGUGGUGGUUCGGACUUUGCAGGUCUUCUCUCUCAAAUUCCUGGUAUGGGAGGAGGUUUAGCAAGUACUGCACGAGAUCUUCAAGCUCAAUCAGCCGCUCAAGAAUACCAAAACUCCAAUCAAAGCACCAGAGCUGAUGGGAAUAAUUUCAAUGCACCGCCUGGCUCUACAAAUGGUCCUCCUGGCCCAGGUGUCCCAGGAAUGAGCGCAGAUUUCGAUCCGGUUGCAACUGCGAAGAAGAUUUAUCCGAUUCUUGAGUUCAGAGAUAAGAUCGUCAGAGCGAUUAAUAAUACGAUUGCCAAGAUACCUGGUCUUGAAUCCUUGGUCGAGAAGAUCAGUGAGAGACUGACCGUCUUCAUCCUCUCUUUACUCGCACCAUUCGUUCGACCCAUCAUCGAUGCAGUAUCUGAUAGCUUGAAGAAGGGCUCUAGUACAGUCGUUGAAGCCAGUGCAAACUCUCAAUUUGAGCCAUGGAGCGAUCCUCAUUGCACCGAUCCCACUCAUUCCAUGCUUUCCAAAGAUCAUUUUUCUAACGUGUUGAAUUCAUGUGCUGGGAGAGUAGCUUCAACUAUCUUGCAAUAUGUUACGCCUCGCAUACUCUACGCUUGGCAGAAUCCCGGCGUUCCCGUCGAUGAGGUCAUGAAUGAUAUCCUGAAAACUUUCCACCACCCAGCUCUCCGUGACGAGCACGUUGAAAUUCACAAGAAAAUGUUCAAUACUGUCAAAGAUUGGAUCAACGAACAGCCAAAUGCCCAAAGUCUAAAUCACCUCCUAAGUUCAGAAUCUGUAAAAGCCGGCCGAAACCACACUGGCUCAGACCAACAUGACCAUAACCAUGGUGCUCUUGGUGGCCAUGGCAAAACCGCAGGAUCUAUCUGGACUGAAAUUAAAAAUAGAGAUCUAGGAGCCAUGGAGGGAUUGGAUACUCAACCAUCAUACAUAAAUUCUUCCCAAGCCCCAGGCUCCCCAGGAAGACAACAGGCCACCCCAAAUUAUGGAUAUGGAAAUACGGGUCCUUCCGAACCACCUCACUGGCAAGGUGGAAGUGCCUACCUUGAACCUAGCUUUCAACAGCAAGGUGAAUAUGCACCCCAACAACCUUCAUACCAACAAUACGGAGGCUACGAACAGCAACAGCGACAACAACAACAGCAGCAGCAGCAGCAGCAGCCGUACAAUCAACAAUAUGGAGGUCCCCCACCUAACAACUACGAACAAGGACCUCCACCGGGAGACUACUGGAAUCAAGGACCCCCUCCUUCUGGACCAUGGGGUCAAGGCCCUCCUCCAAAUCAAUAUCCUCCUCAGCAGGGAUAUCCGAGCCAGGGAUACCCGCCUCAGCAUCCACCCAGUGGUGGUGGUGAAUAUGGAGGUUAUUAA